GCAACCCCAGCGCCGAGGAAGCCGAGCCGGAGGCAGUGCUGAGCCGGAUAUGCAGCGACUCCCCGCAUCCCUCCUUGUGAGUGUCCCUCGCUCCUCCUGAUGCCUUCGGAGGAGACGGAUGGACGGACGGACGAGCAGCCAGAGGGCAGAGCGCGGUGACGCCGCGGCAGCCACCACGGAGAGGACACAGGAUCCCCCCUUGGGCCCGCCGUGCCCCUUCGAGGGGGUGGCCUGGACCCCGCGCCCUCCCCAGGGCCCCCCGCAGGGCUGCUUCGCCUGCAUCGCCAAGCCCCCGGCUCUCCGGCAAGGUUCGCCGGUCCUGUCUCCUUCUUCUGCCGUUUAUCUCAUGGAGAGCAAGAGCUGCAAAGGGGACAGCCUGCGACCGGCGGUCCCGUGCAAGCACUCGGUGGAGAAGAAGACGAUGACCAACCCCACCACUGUCAUUGAAAUCUACCCCGACACCACCGAGGUGAACGACUACUAUCUCUGGUCCAUCUUCAACUUUGUAUACCUCAACUUCUGCUGCCUCGGCUUCAUUGCCUUGGCCUAUUCACUGAAAGUCCGGGACAAGAAACUCCUCAAUGACUUAAAUGGAGCAGUUGAAGAUGCCAAGACAGCCCGUCUUUUUAACAUCACCAGCUCAGCCCUUGCCACUUUCUGUAUCAUCCUUAUCUUCAUCUUCCUGCGAUACCCCCUCACUGAUUACUAGAGUGAGGCCAACAGCAGCAGCCAUCGCCAAAAUGCCUCUAUGCCAGAAGUGUCUGCAGUUGUUUCUUGUAGCAAGGACGCAAAAAAAUAAAAACAAUACUCCACCUUGAUUGC